AUGCCUGCUACUACAAGCACAUAUCUGGUUACAGGUGCCAACCGCGGAAUAGGGCGGGGCUUCGUUGAAAAGCUACUCCUGAAGCCCGGCACUACAGUGAUCGCCGCCGUUCGAGAUCUUUCAAAGGCGGCAGCCUCCCUUGACGAGCUACCCUGGGGAAGUGGCUCCCGACUUAUACAGGUCAAGAUUGAUUCUAGCAUUGAUGGAGAUGCUGCCAAUGCUGUUUCUGUACUCCAAGAAGAGCAUGAGAUUACCGCAGUUGACAUUGUUAUCGCCAAUGCUGGAAUCUCGCACUCUGGCGCACCAGUCGUUGAGAACGACCCUGAGGCAUUUCGAGAUCACUUUAAUACCAAUACAAUCGGCCCUGUAACAUUACUGCAAGCCUUUCUUCCCCUGCUGAAGGCUAGUGAAACCGGCCAGCCUCUUUUCCUCGUUAUCUCAACCUUUGUUGGGAGCAUUGGUGGUCAGGAAAGCCUAGCCAAUCUCCCGGCUGUUUUUAGUCCAUACGGGGCCAGUAAAGCGGCGCUUAACUGGAUCAUCAGGCGUCUUCACUACGAGGAGCCUUGGCUUACCACCUGGGCUGCCCAUCCUGGCGUUGUUUUGACGGACAUGGGUGCUUUAUUCGUAUCCCAUGUCAUCGAUCCCGCAACAGUAGGAGCUGUUAGUGUCGAAAGAAGUGUUUCCGGUAUAUUAGAUCAGAUCGCCGAAGCCACCCGUGAAGAAUAUGGAGGAAAGUUCAAGAGCUAUGAUGGCUAUACACUGCAGUGGUAG